UUAUGAUUCUCUUGUGUAUUUUGACACUUUUCUACUGCACUUAAGACUUUGUAUUGUAGAAGUUACCGGUGCAUGUACAUGAACAAUGAAUAAAAUAAUAUCACAAAUCAAUUCAAAUCAGUAGCAGAGUAUUAAUUAAUUUUAUUUAUCAAUAGACACAAUAAACGGCAAAAUAAAUGGCUGCAUAGCUAGAGUCACCAAAAAAACAUGUUAUACGUGGAAACAAAAUGACACACAAUGAGAACAGACAAUCUUGGUUUAAAGAAGGUUCUAUUGGUCUGGGAGUUGGAAUUCUGUAUGGAACCACAAAUGUGUUGGCAGGCCAUCCCUUCGAUACUAUAAAAACAAAGAUGCAGGCUCAAGUUGGAUUUGAGAACCAGGGAAUGUUAAAAUCAUUUGCCAAAACAGUGCGUGGUGAAGGAAUUCGUGGAUUAUAUCGAGGCUGUGUGCCGCCAUUAUGGGGGUCCGGAAUAUAUCGUUCCACUCAGUUUGCCGUAUUUGAAUCUGUGUAUACAUACUGCAAUAAUUAUGGACAGACUCAGAUUCCUUUAACUGGAGGCUUGCAAAUACGGGUUGUGAUUGGUGGAUUGGCAGCCUCCACUGCUAGAGCGAUUAUAGAAACACCAUUGGAAGUAGCGAAGAUUAAAAGGCAAACUUGUCAGACCUGGUAUUUCCGCGAACUUUACAAGGGUUUUAGCGUAACUUGGUGUCGUACUAUUGGUCUGAUGACCACCUACUUUAUUUUAAUCGAUACAAUGAGACGCCAUUUAAGUGAAUAUUUUAAACGGCCGUUGCUUGGACCGUUCUUGAUAUCUGGUGUGGCGGCAACAACUGCUUGGUGGAUCGUUUGGCCAUUAGAAAAUAUGAAGACCCAAAUUCAAAGUAAUUACGGGAAGAAUGUACCGCUGUUAACAAGAAUGCAAAUGGCUUAUGUCGAUCGUGGUGGCAUGCCGGGCUUAUAUCGUGGUAUCGUUCCUGGAUCGAUACGAAGUUUUCUCGCUAACGGUUGUGCCAUGAUAGUGAUGUCUUACGCACAACGAAAAGUUACGGAACUUGGCUGGCGUAAAUAAAUUGAUAAGCACUGACUUGCUAUAAUAAAAAACGUACACUGUGACCUCUUGAGAAGUACGAGAGAACAGUCGCCGCCUGUGAAUACUCUUAAAUACACAAAAGGUCGAGAAGUACUAUGAACAUUGAAAAAUGGAGCGGUUGUUGUUCUUAGGACGUUUUAUGCACCAAGCACUGGAAAUUUUAUGAACACGAUUGAUAACAUGUUUGAUGUAUGUACCUAAAAAAACAACUUUUUGUAUGGAAUUAUAUUUGCGGAUCCAUUUUUUUAAA